CUAACAAGUUGAUUGGCGAGAGAACGGAAGACGCUGCGGUGGCUCCGUCAGUAGGAAACGACCUGAAUUUGCAGUGUUUGUUCGGUGAACUCAUGGGCUUCGGCCAUCAGCACCUACAAGAAGCAGCGUUGAGUCCACGUUGUUCACAGUGGGCCACAGACAGGUGAUGAGAGUUGUGAGGCUUUAGCUGAAAUAUUUGGAGAUCAUGGAGGACGACAGCAGGCCUCUGCUGAGCACAGAGUACACAGGAGAGAGUUACUCCCACAGAGGCUCCACAGACUCUCUGGACAUUAAAGUCAAAAGGCCUUUCCAUGUGGAGCCACGGAACAUAGUAGAAGAUGAUCCACAGGAGAGGAUCUCUGCCAGAGCUGCCAUCCUUAACAGCAGGCUCCAUUACUACAGCAGACUGACCGGCUCCUCUGACAGACUGUUGAGUCCUCCAAAUCAUGUGAUCCCUUCACCAGAAGAGCUCUACAUCUACAGCCCUCUUGGGACAGCUUUUAAAGUGUCAGAUAGCAGCCAAGGCUCUAAAAACCCCAGUAUUAUUACAAUCUUUGCAAUAUGGAACACGAUGAUGGGUACAUCCAUACUCAGUAUACCAUGGGGUAUUAAGCAGGCUGGUUUCACUCUGGGUAUUCUCAUCCUCAUCAUCAUAGGUCUUCUCAUGCUGUACUCUUGUUACAUCGUCAUCAAAUCACCAAAGACCAUCACUACAGAGGACACGUCCAACUGGGAAUUCCCAGAUGUUUGUAGGUUCUACUUUGGAAAGAGUGGUCAGUGGUCCAGCUUGAUCUUCUCCAUGGUGUCACUUGUUGGAGCCAUGGUGGUCUACUGGGUCCUCAUGUCUAACUUCCUCUAUAACACUGGGCAGGGUAUCUACAAUUUUGCUCACAAUAUCAACACAUCAGACUCAGUGUAUGGAACUAAUGGUACAGAAAAAGUCAUUUGUCCAUAUCCCAAAACCAACCCUGAAAGUAAUGACACCAGCAGCCUGCUUUUUUUGGACAAAAUGGGAAACUUUUCAGAUGCGGACUCUUUUGACCUCUACUGGAGUAAAACCAAUACGGUCCCUCUCUACCUCAUUGUUCUGCUGCUGCCACUGCUCUGCUUCCGCUCAGCAUCCUUCUUUGCAAGGUUCACGUUCUUUGGCACCAUAUCUGUCAUCUACCUGAUUGUACUGGUCACAAUUAAAGCUGCCCAUCUUGGCUUCCAUCUUGAGUUCCACUGGCUUGAUACUUCCCAGUUCUACGUUCCAGAGUUCAGACAGUUUUUUCCUCAGUUGACUGGUAUUCUCACUCUGGCCUUCUUCAUACACAACUGCAUCAUCACACUAAUGAAGAGCAAUAAAUGCCAAGAAAACAACGUCCGGGACCUGUCUGUGGCGUACGUUCUUGUUGGGCUGACUUAUCUGUACGUGGGGGUUCUGAUCUUUGCUACAUUUCCAUCACCUCCUCUUUCCAAGGAGUGCAUUGAACCAAACUUUUUAGAUAACUUCCCCUGCAGCGACGUGUUGGUGUUCGUGGCUCGAUUCCUGCUGCUGUUUCAAAUGAUCACGGUCUAUCCACUGUUGGGAUACUUGGUCCGGGUCCAGGUUAUGGGUCAGCUCUUUGGAAAUCAUUAUCCCAGUUUCUUUCAUAUUCUUACACUGAACAUCAUAAUUGUUGGCGCUGGUGUUGUGAUGGCCAAGUUUUAUCCUAACAUUGGAUCCAUUAUACGAUAUUCUGGAGCCAUUUGUGGACUGGCUUUAGUGUUUUUAUUUCCUGCUUUAGUCCACAUGAUCUCUCUGAAACAGCAGGGGAAGCUCAGCUGGCCAUCAGCUUUUUUCGACAGUUUCCUUAUCCUCCUGGGCAUGGCCAACGUAGUUGCACAGUUUUUUAUGUGAG